UAAUUUGAAAUAUGUUAGAAAAAACAUCUAGUACAGAUAACGGUCAGUUAUCCAAAGAAGAUUAUUUAAUUAAACGUGCGAAAGAUGCGUUACCAGUUGAUAUUUAUGCAGCUAAAUCGUGGUUAACUACUGCUAGAUCAUUGUUUCCUCAUAGUGCGAAAGUUCAGUUUGAAGCUUAUCGAAUUGAGAAACUUUCAAAAAAUGUCAAGGAAGCAGCCAAAUGUUUUAGUGAAAUAUUUCAGAAUUUUCCAGAUGACCGUGAUAUAUGGAAGGAAAUAGAAACAGUAACAGCUUGUCUUCGUUUAGAACAAUGUGAUCCUGAAGCAGAAUUUUUAUGUCAAAUGUUCCAACAUAUACCGCAAGAACUACAACACAGACUGCUUAUUAUGACUGCAGAUCAUAGCGAAGAUACAAUGGAACAUUGCAAAUUACUGCUUCUUUUAUUACGUAGAUUCCCACAAACUAUUGCUACUCAUGGGCCACGUUUAGUAGAAACUCUUCUUACUGCUGAGAAACACAGUCAUCCAGGACGCGCAGUAAAUGGUUUCAGAAAAUUAUUGGCCUGUGAUGCAUUACCACUCCUUGGUACAGCACCGGUAGAGCUAAAUUCAAGACUUAGCUUGAGAUUACUUUGUAAGGCAGUAGAAUUUUAUUUAGCAUACAUACAACAACCGCAAGAUAAUCAAAUUCAACAUCCCUGGGAUAGACUAUUUCAAGUUGUUGAGUUAAUAGGGAAAAAGUUAGGGUGGGAAUUAAGUAGUUUAUUUUCUAUGACUUGGAACAGAGAUACAUUCUGUGAAAGAUUGCACCAAUAUGCAGUAGCACAUUCUGGUAGUUUAUGCGAAGAAUUGGUAGUUAGACAGCUGUUAAUGUGCACUGUUGUAGUGUUACUAAGGAUAUUAAAUGAACAUAAUGCAUUGAUUAAUAAUGAUGAGACAGUAUACUGCCUGGUAGAAGCAUUUGGAGAAUAUGCACACUCCCCUACAGAACCGAAAUUGAAGAAACGGAAAAGAGAAGAUAAUGGAGGAAUUAUAGUAACUAGUGAUGGUGAUUAUAAUGGUAAUGGAUUGGCAUUAGCUGUAAAGUUAUGGGAUUUAUUACAUAGCAGUGAUUAUUUACAAAGAGAAAUAGGAAAGCUAAAUCAACAACUUCGGUUAGAUUCGUGGCUAAAUUCAUUUUUAACGGAUUUAGCAAUGUAUAAAGGUUUACAUCACGAAGUGUUAGCGAGAUUAUCUCAAGAAGCAGCUAAUUUAUCGGCUCAUCUCCGCUUAGCAAGUACAUGUUUUUUCCUGAAAGAUUAUAAGGGAAUGUUAGAAUAUAUAGUUUUAGUAGUUACCGCAUUACCCUCGAGUUGCGGUAAAGUGUCUCAUAAUUUAACUGUUCCAUGUGGAAGACAUUUACAUUACGUGACACUUGCACGAUUUCCUAUUAUACAGUAUUGUUGCAGGCUACUUCUUUUAGCAAUAAAGGAAAAUUUCUCUUUACCUGGAGGUGUUGGAGAUUUGGCUAUAGGACAUGCAUUAGUUUUAAUGCAAAUUGAUUGGCCACAAGAAGCUAGUACUUUAUCCACAAUUACAGAAAGAAUUAUUAAUCGUGGAUCUUUCUCUUAUCCAUUAUUUCAAGCUUAUAUUAUUUGUGUAGACAUUUUAGAAGAAUUAACGUAUCUAUGGACAGAACAUGGAGGUGGUGUAUCUUUAGAUAUAGCUACAGGGUCGGGAAUCUUACAAAAUCGACGUAUUACUACUCGUGGAGCAGACAAAGGAGUGCGGGAAGAAGUGAAACAAGCGAUGCGGCGACAAGCAGCCCGUGAUGGCAUCGAUUCAUUAGAUGAGUUAUUACAAAAAUUCAUUAUCAAUGAAAAAACUGCUAUACUACACAGUUUAAUUAUUCAAUAAAUACCUUUAACAUUAUUUUCAUCAACAAAUUUAAUACAUAAUUUUAAUAAAAUUAUUAUAUAAUUUUUUAUUUAAAAAUAUACACAUGAUUUCCUUAA